UUGGCCCGAGGCGGUGCGAGGCUGCGCAGAGCUCGCGGCGCGGCGCGGUCCCCCCGUCCGUAUUCAGUGCGCUGCUCCACGGCAAACUCCGUGCGCGCUGCGUGCUCGGGGCAGCGCCAGCCCGGGUGGCCGCGUGCAGGGCGCAGGCUGAGCCCGGCAGGGAAGAUGGAGCAGGCUACGAGCUCCCAGAUCCCCAAAGAAGUAGCUGACAUCUUCAAUGCUCCCAGUGACGACGAGGACUUUGUGGGUUUCCAGGAUGACGUGCCCAUGGAAAACCUGUCAGAGAGCUGUGAUAGUUUGGACUCCUUGGAGUUGGAGAAACAGCAGGAUGUGUGCUUCCAUUCCAAAUACCUUACUGAAGAGUUGAGGAGGAUCUUCAUAGAGGACACGGAUUCAGAUGCUGAAGAGUUUGAAGGAUUUACAGAGAGUGAGCUGAACGUAAGCAGUGACCCAGAGCUUGUGCAGUCAGAGCUGAGUGACAGUGGCAAACCCGCUGUGGAGAGUGAGGAAGAGGAAGAAGAGGAGGAGGAAGAGGAGGCUGUACCUAGGAGAGGCAGGUCCACAAGAAGCAGUUUUGGUCUUCGAGUAGCUUUUCAAUUCCCCACCAAAAAACUGGCAAAAACACCCAAUAAAAGUAGCUCACACUUAGUGGACAGCAAGACUGAUCUCAGAAGAGAGAAAAGCUGCAGACAGGCCAAGGAACGGGAAGACUCUGCCUCUGAGUCUGACGAUGACUCCAGGACUGAGAGCCAGAAUUCGGAUGCUCUGCUGAAGAGGGCCAUGAAUAUCAAAGAGAACAAGGCCAUGCUCGCUCAGUUGUUGGCAGAACUGAACUCGGUGCCAGAUUUCUUCCCUGUGCGAACCCCGUCCUCAGCUUCUAAGAGGAGAACAGCACGUCGGCCCUUCUCAGAGGGACAGGUCAUACGGCGCAUGAACCCAGCCCGCAGCGCACGGCCCCCAGAGAAGUUUGCUCUGGAAAACUUCACCUUCUCGGCCGCCAAGCUUUCCGAAGAGCUUUCCAGCUUCAGAAGGAGGACAGUCAGUGGGGUGAAAUGCCAGCAACAUAGACGACGUCACCGCGUGUCGUCUUUUCGUGCCGUGAAAGACAUCACUGAAGAAGAUUUGGGAAAUGUUGCCAUAACUGUGCGGGAUAAAGUCUACGAUAAAGUGCUGGGUAACACCUGCCAUCAGUGCCGGCAGAAGACCAUCGAUACCAAGACAGUGUGUCGGAACCAGGGCUGUGGCGGUGUGCGGGGACAGUUCUGUGGGCCGUGCUUGCGGAAUCGCUACGGAGAGGAUGUGCGGACAGCGUUGCUGGAUCCGGAGUGGACGUGUCCUCCCUGCCGUGGGAUCUGCAAUUGUAGUUACUGCCGGAAACGAGAUGGCCGCUGUGCCACUGGAAUUCUCAUUCAUCUGGCCAAGUUUUACGGCUAUAAUAAUGUCAAGGAGUACCUGGAGAGCUUACAGAAGCAGCUGUAGGAGGCGAAUGAGAGGAGAAGGGACGCUGGACUGCAGAGUCCCACUGGAGAUGUGUGCCGUUUGUGCCUGGCCUUCCAGCUGAACCCACAGAAGCUUGUUCCCUACAAUUUACUGUUUCUAAUACUAUGUUUUUAAAAAAUGUUUAUAUGCUUAAAAAGAUUUCUCAGGAAAAUAGUAGAGCAGAGAAAUCUGUAUACAUAUCUGCACAGACCUGUACUAGAUAUAUCUGCUGAAGAUUUAAAAGCACAAUUUAAAUGGGGCAGAGCUAAGGCUCAGGUAAGUUACAAAGAAGAUGCUCUGGCCUUUGAUGUUCAGCUCUCCAAGUCACCCCGGCUAAUCCUCUUACGAAGGCUGUUGCCGCUGCAGUGACCGUAGCUCAAACCUAAUAGUUCAUCCUGCUGUAGAUACUGAAUUCUGGGUCCUUAGAAAUUUACAUUGAAGAAUGUUCCUCUAAACUAUCAAGUGCAAUUAACCACACACUGUGAGUAACUGUCCUUUUUAUUAAAAGACAACAAAAAACGGACCAAGUUAUAGACACUGGAGGCCCCAGGAUGCUUGCCUCUUCCUUCAGGACCUGCCUGGAGCCUGCUGCUUCUAUGUUUUUACAUUUUUUAGGGAUUUUGUUUUUUAUAGGACCCUUACUUCCUUGUUUUUGAGACUUAGGGAACCAUAAGAGAUAAGCCAUGGUGUUUUGUAUGGGUGGGGUGGAGGAAGCUAAAAUCAACAAGUAUAUAUCCCAGAUAGAUAUUCAGUGUUUUGUGUGUGUGUGUGUGUGCGUGUGUGUGUGUGUGUAAUACUACUAUCUUCCUCCUCAAAGAACAAGGCUGUAACAGAAUGCACACCCCUGUGACUAAGACAUGUCGCUGUGUUCUCGCUAAAGCGGGGAGACGUCGGUCACAGUGCCAAGGCCGUCUGUGCU